GCUGCCACAGAGGCAGCUUAGCUGCAGAGCCAGAAGCAAGAGAGAGGUGCAGUCAUAAUAGGAGCAGGACACAGAGAGAGAGAGAGAAAGAGGCCAGUGGCAUGCAACACUGUAAUCAGAACCAUUAGUUUUAUCCAUGUACAGAAGAUUCUGCAGCUCAAUGGUCCCUGAAAUAAAUAUACCUACUCUACUUCGAGGGCUACUCCUCUUGUAAUAAGUGAUAACCCACGCAUACACACACCUCUGAUGCUUCUCAUAUUUCUCUCUCUGAACCUGUCCUUCUUUCACUGAACCUGUGAAGUCUGAAGAGGUUCUUUGUUUCAUCUUUCUUUCUUUCUUUCUUUCCUUCGUUCUUCAAUGAUGAGUGGAAGAACCAGGUUUCCCUUCACUGCUUCUCAGUGGCAAGAGCUUGAACACCAAGCUCUAAUCUUCAAGUACAUGGCAUCAGGCAUCCCUAUCCCACCUGAUCUCCUCUUCACUAUCAAAAGAAGUUGCCUGGACUCUCCUCUCUCUUCGAAGUUCUUACCUCACCAACCUCAACAUAUUGGCUGGAACUACUUGCAGAUGGGUUUGGGGAGGAAAAUAGACCCAGAGCCAGGCAGGUGUAGAAGAACAGAUGGGAAAAAAUGGAGGUGCUCAAAAGAGGCAUUCCCAGAUUCGAAGUACUGCGAGAGACACAUGCACAGAGGGAAAAACCGUUCAAGAAAGCCUGUGGAAGUUCUGAAAACAACAUCAACAAACACUAAUCCGACAACUCCAACAAUCUCAUCAUCAAUCACCAAGAACCACUCUGUACUAACCCCGACCUCUCAUUCUCUUUCUUCACUUUCUUCUAUGUCCUCAGAGCCCCACCACCACCUUCACCAUUCAUACUACAGUACCCACUUUCACCACCCCUUCAUUUAUCAUCCCACUUCUUCUUCAAGGCCUUCUGGGAUUGGUUUGCCACCUCAAGACAACAACAGCCCCUACCUGUUGGAGUCUGCUUCUUACAGCUCCCAGACCAACACAGAUUACAGAAGAAACAGGUAUAUUAAUGGGCUGAAAGAGGAGGUGGAUGAGCAUGCUUUCUUCUCAGAGCCUUCUGGGUCUAUGAGAAGCUUAUCUGGCCCAUCUAUGGAUGAUUCUUGGCAACUCACACCAUUGACAAUGAGCACAUCCUGUUCAAAACAAAGGAGUUGCUCUGGUUUACAGAGCGAGUACUCUUACCUGCAGCUUCAGAGCCUUAGUGAUUCCACAAAACAACCGGAGCAAGACCACCAGCAUUGCUUUGUUCUGGGUAGUGAUAUAAAGAAAGAACAAUCCCAGAAGACCGUUCAUCGAUUCUUCGAUGAGUGGCCGCCUAAAGAGAGAGAUUCAUGGCUUGACUUGGAUGAUAAAUCAUCAAACAGCUCAUCAGUAUCAACAACCCGGCUAUCAAUUUCCGCUCCCACUUCCUUUCAUGACUUUCCCAUCUUCAAUUCCAGAUCCCAUAAUGAUGGUUGAGUUUUCAGUACUGGGUUUUCUAAAUCAAAGGCCAAAAAUGUACUUACUUGGUGGUGGGGGGGUCAUAUUUUUGUGUGAGGUCCAAGAACUGCCGGUCUUUUUGCAAUUUUUUUCUGAACGUUUUUGGUUUGGCUAUGUGUGUUUUGAUUGAAGCUAGGGGUCCUAUGUCUUUUGCUUUCUUAGUUAUGUUCCUUUCCCACUUUGCUUACCAAACAGUUUGAAUGAGUAGGUCAAAUCUGUGUUAUUGCUACGCUUACAUCUUGAUU